CAAAAUUUUACAUAGCAAAUAUAGAUAUUCUGACAAUUUUUUAAUUUUUUAAAAAAAAUUUUUAAUUUACAGCUAAAACAUGAGUCCAUCAGCAUCAGUAAAGCCAACUGCAGUUGUGCCAAGCGUGAGCGCAGAGAGCCCUGCGGAGCCUAAGCUGAGUAUGCAACAUUCUGCCUCAUAUAGAAAUAGACGAAAUCCCAUAACGGGCGAUGGCAUUAAUCUUUACAAAUUGUUCAACUCACGCAAGUCAGCUGGUCAGCGAGAUGGCAAUCCUUUAACUGGCCAGGGCUACCAGCCAGGACGCACAGAUCUGGAAGGCUUACACAAGGUUCAUAUGAAACCGGGUGCAUUCUCCAAUGGACGUUGGUAAACGCCCCCCAACUCAAAAUUUUUUUAUAGUCAUGUAAAUCGCAUACAAAUUUUUAACAAUUUCUUAUACUUUGA